AAGAACACUAGCCUUAGACCCGCCGGAAAUCGCUCCCUUCCAGUUCCCGUCCAACCUGAAGGAAGGCAUGAGGGUGCUGCUGUCCUGCAGCAUCAUCUCCGGGGACUUCCCCAUCACGAUAUCGUGGCGGAAGGACGGCGGGCCGCUCCCGCAGGACCUAGACAUCCAGGAGAAGCACGAAGAGUUCGGGAGCACGCUGGCGUUCCGGAACAUGGCCGCCAAACACUCCGGACACUACACCUGCAUCGCCAGCAACGCAGCGGCCAGCACCAACUACACCGCCAAGCUCACCAUCAGAGUGCCGCCCGCGUGGGUGCUGGAGCCCCAGGACACGUCCGCGCUGUUCCAGCACCCGGCCAGCCUGCACUGCCAGGCCAGCGGCUUCCCCACGCCCACCAUCACCUGGCUCCGGGGCAAAGGAGACGAAGCGAAUGAGUACACGAGGCUGGAAUCGGGCUCGAAGCUCAUCUUGUACGGGAACGGCACCGUUCUCAUCCGGGCCGUGGAUCCGUCCCACGAGGGGCACUACACCUGCCAGGCCAGCAACGGGAUUGGCUCCGGACUCAGCAAGGCCAUCUUCCUCCAGGUCAACGUGCCUGCCCACUUCAAGCUGCGCACGGCCAACCAGAGCGGGGUCGUCGGCGACGGCGCGCUGCUGACCUGCGAGGCGGAGGGCGACCUGCCCCUGCGGGUGUCGUGGUCGGAGCCGCGCCGCCCCUCGGGCGCCGCCGGGGGUGGGCGCGGCAUCGCCACGGAGCGCCACACGCGCCGCGGCGUCACCGCCGAGCUCCGGCUGGAGCGCCUGGCCCGCGGAGACGCCGGCGCCUACCGCUGCUCCGCCGCCAACAACUUCGGCCAGGACGAGAUGGUCGUCCACCUCGCCGUCAAAGAGCCUCCGGAAGCCCCCCACGGCGCGAGGAUCCAGGAGGUGGGCAGCCGCUGGGCGAGCGUGGCCUGGGGCGGCGGCCCCGAGCCGCCCGCGCUCCACUACGUGGUGCGGUACCGCGCGGGCGGGGACACCCCCUGGAACAACGUGACGGUGGAUGGCGGGUCGCGGGCGGUGCGCCUGGGCGGCCUGCGGCCCGCCACCACCUACCUGGUGCGCGUGCUGGCCGUCAACGAGGUGGGCGCCGGUCCCGCCGGCGAGGUGCUCCGCUUCACCACCCUGCAGGAGGCUCCUAGUGGCCCACCCACUGACGUGUUUGCCAAGGCCGUCACACCCAGAUCUAUCGUAGUGCAGUGGAAGCCCCCCGUGGUGAACACGCUGCACAGCAAGGUGCUCGGCUACAAGGUGGGCUACCGGGAUGUGUCGGGCGGCACUCACAGGACCCGCACCGUCAGAGGAGGCGGCGGGGGCGGCGGUCGCCUCGAGGUGACGCUGGCGUCCCUGCGCCAGUUCGCCCGCUACGAGAUCACGGUGCGGGCCUUCAACGCGGUGGGGCCCGGUCCCGCCUCCCCCCCGCUGCUCGUCACCACACUGGAGGGUGUCCCGGACAAGCCGCCCGAGGACGUUCACUGCACUGCCCUGUCGUCGCAGAGCAUCAGGGUGCGGUGGGAGCCCCCGCACCCGGACCACCGAAACGGCGUCAUCGAGGGCUACAAAGUGCUCUACCGACACAUCAGCAGCAAGCAAGGUGCCCAGCACGCGCCGGAGGUGAAGAAGACGACGAACCUCGAGACGAACCUGCAUGGGCUCGCGAAGCACGGCAACUACUCGGUGCGCGUGCUGGCGUACACCGGCGCGGGGGAGGGCUCCCGGUCCGGCCAGCUGCACUGCGUCACCGAGGAGGACAUUCCAGGUCCUCCGGAGUUUGUCAAAGCGCUGGUCAUGACGUCAGACAGCAUCCUGGUGUCCUGGACUCCCCCUGCCGAGCCUAACGGACGCUUGCUGAAGUACACCGUGUACAUCCACUCGGUGCAGAACGGCAACCAGGACGUGCAGAGGGAAGAGGUUUUCGGGGACGGUGAGCUGAUGCUGGAGGCGCGACAGAUGAAGGAGCACCACCGCUACGAGUUCUGGGUGACUGCGGCGACGGGCGCGGGAGAGGGCCCCAGCAGCGUCCGGGUGGCGCAGACCCCCACAUCUCGAGUGCCGGCGCGGAUAGCGUCCUUCUCGCGGGCGGUGGCGGUGGGCGCGGGCCGGAGCGCCGUGCUGGCGUGCCGCGCUGUGGGGCUCCCGGCUCCCACGCGCUCGUGGCGCGGGCCAGGGGGCGGUCCUGUUUCCGCCCGGCACGAGGUCCUGCCCGGCCGGAGCCUGGCGCUCGCCCCCUUGCGGCCGGGCGACGCGGGGAACUACUCCUGCCUGGCGGAGAACGUGUUCGGCCGGGACGAGGUCACCUACGCGCUCUCCGUGCUGGUCCCGCCCGGCCCGCCGGCCCUCAGCGUCGCCGGGGUCACGGCCGACAGCCUCGCGCUGGUGUGGCGGGUCACCUCCACGGGAGGCAGCCCCGUCACAGGCUUCGUCCUGAAACACAAGCAGGAGCGCGGGGACUGGCAGAGCCUGCUCAUCGACGCCGACUACUCUGCGUUCACGCUCCAGGGCAUCAGGUGCGGGACCAGCCACCAGCUGUCGCUGUCCGCCGCCAACGCCAUGGGGACCGGCAAACCCAGCGCCGUCGUCUCGGCGGCCACCACAGGGGCAGCUCCGAAAGUCCCUCUGGAGGAGGACUUCCUGGCGGUGAACUCGACGUCGGCCACGCUGUACCUGGAGGCGUGGCCGGACGGGGGCUGCCCCAUUCGGUUCUUCGCGCUGGAGUACCGGCCGUGGGGGUCGGGCGACUGGACCCGCCUGCCCAGAAGCACCGCCCGCGAUGAGCUGACGAUCACAGACCUGAGGCCGGCCACGUGGUACGCCCUCAAGGUCGCGGCCCACAACGACGCCGGCUACAGCCAGCAGGAGUUUGUGUUCGCCACCAGGACGCAAGCGGGAGAAACCGUGAUGCCGUACGUUGUGCCCAACAUGUCGGAGCAGCAGACGUUCAUCUACUCCCACUUGAACAUCAUCAUACCAGUGCUCUCGGGCAUCGUCUGCACUGUCGCCAUAUCCGUGUGCGUCUGCAUAGCUGUCAGCAGGAGGAGUUACAACUGCGCGAAGGACGCAGACCCGGGGAGCGAGGCCAAGUCCCUGGCGGAACUGGAGAACCAGAGGAACUCGAAGCAGCAAGGCCCGGACUGCAACCACUCCGCCCAGCUGUACCUGCCCUCACCCACCCGGAAGGGGGACUCCUCGCUCAGCUACCAGAAGGGAAGCGAUACCUCAGGCCAGGACUACGAGAUCGGCCCGUACGCGACGUUCAGCCUGCCCUGCAAGAACAGCGCGGGCGGCACGGCGGCGGGCAUGCAGACGAUGGACUACUGCGUGCAGUUCCAGACGUUCAACCAGCAGGAGUGCUACGCGGGGCAGACCAGGCCCGGGCCGUCCGGCCGCUUCGGCAAGGAGUACUACUCCUGCAGCUCGGGGGACAAGCUCCUGCGCUCCGCCAACAGCCCGCCGGACGGCCUUAGCCUAGAGAUAUCGUGCAUCUCCAGCCAGCAGACGCUGCCCCUACCGGUACCUGCCAAGGCGGGGGGAGUGGCGCCGUGCCAGGGCCGCUCGCACGGCUGCGACCCCACGGACUCGGACAGCAGCGGGCAGGACAAGGGCCGUGCGCCCGUCUGCCGGCACAGGACUCCACGCCACACGCCGCACAGCGGCUCAGGGUUCGAGCUGGAUUCCAGUACAGAAUCGGCGGAGGCGUCUCCCGACAUGAAGCACCACACGAGACGGAGAGCCCCCCAGAGGGAGACGUCAUUCAGAAGGAAAGAAGUUCGCCGGGGUGACCUCAUUCAGUGUUAAUGGUGGACUGUUUUAACAUUCGAAGAAGCAUGACAAAACUACGACCAGAGACUAUUGAAAUUUGGAUGUUUAUUCAAUUUUUUUUUUUUGAGAUACUGAUAUUUAAAUAAAUGUACCUUAUUCUUGUUGAACUUCA